AUGACAGAAACCAAUAACUACAUUCCGCCUAGCAUGAACAGGCAGAAGGAGAAUUUCUUGGAGUCCGAGGAAAACGGAGUCCGUACAAAGACAAAAGACAAAGUAACACCAAUGUCCUCCUUUAAAGGCCAGCUUAUUGCAAGCAAGAUACUUGAAAAUAUGAAGGAGAACAAAAUAACCACGCCCACUCUUGUACAGAGAUAUGUUAUGCCUCUGGCACUGCAUGCAAGGGAUCUUUUGAUCUCUGCCCCAACCGGCAUGGGGAAAACAAUUUCCUUUUUGGUGCCUACGCUGAACUUCCUCUAUUCAACGGUCGGCAACUUUGCCAAAAAAACUAAAUCAUUCUCUGGAGAGAGAAGGUUCCAGCGAGUCAAAAAGCCAACACUUGCACUUAUACUUGUUCCCACUAGAGAACUUGCCAUCCAGAUAUAUAAUGACAGUGUAGCCCUUAUGAACGGACUUCCCAUUACAUGUGCCUGUGCCUACGGAGGAGUCCCAAAGAAGGAACAGAUUCCCUCAAUUAUCAAUGGAGUGGAUCUUCUGAUUGGAACACCUGGCAGAAUCCAAGACUACCUUAACUAUCCUGGUGACCUUUUAAAUCUUUCAAACAUACAGGUGCUUAUAUUUGACGAGGCUGAUAGAAUGCUGGACAUGGGAUUUGAGAAGCAGAUUCGAGGAAUACUUGCCAGGCUGGAUCGUAACCAAAAGAGACAGACUAUGAUGUUCUCAGCCACAUUCCCUCCUGUUGUAAGAAAACUAGCACAGGAGUUCUUCCAGCAGGCUCCAGAGGAGGUGCACAUAGGGAACGGCCCAAUAGAGAAUAUCAUGCAGGAAAUAAUCCAGAUCGAAGGACACAGCAAGAAGCACACAGAGAGAAACGAAAGACUCAUGAAGAUACUUUUGGAGUACGGGUACACACCAAGUGCAGCUGUAGAGCAGAAGGCGUUCUUUGCUCCCCGCAGUCCAGCAGCACUCAUGCAGUGGGGAAAUAAGACCAAGGAGCCCGUCAAAAAGAAAGAAAAGGAAAAAGAGACCAGCACCCAGAAGAUCGUUAUUUUUGUUGAAAAGAAGGAAGAUUGCACAACUCUAUCAGACUACUUGCACUCCCGUGGGAUCCUCUGCACAACUCUGCACGGGGACAAGAAGCAGGCGGAAAGAGAGUUUGCACUGUCUGACUUUAAGGACACAAUGCCAAUCCUCAUUGCCACCUCAGUUGCAGCACGUGGCCUAGAUGUCCCUGGAAUUGUGCUCGUGGUUAAUUACAUGAUGCCAGCUGAUGUGAAGGAGUACAUCCACAGAAUUGGCAGAACAGGAAGGGCAGGGAAGACAGGCAGAUCGAUUACUUUCUUCACAUGGGAUGACCAGCCACAGGCAGCAAGCCUAAUAGAAAUACUGCAGAAGGCAAACCAAGAGGUGCCAAAGUUCCUCCAGGACAUGGCACAAGCCAAGAGCUCAAAAGGAGGGCGAGGAGGAAAGUCUUUCUCUGGAGGCAGCUUCAACAAGAAAAAGGACGACAGCGGCCAGCACUUUACUGAGACCCAGGAAAUAAAGAGGAAGGAGGCACCUGUUCUUAACGAAAAGAUAGAAAUUCAAAAGAAUCUGUCCUGGGAUUAA